AUGGGCAAACAGAACAGUAAGCUGCGUCCAGAGGUUCUCAAUGACCUGAGGGAGAACACAGAGUUCAGUGACCAUGAGCUGCAGGAGUGGUACCGCGGCUUCCUCAAAGACUGCCCCACAGGACACCUGACUGUGGACGAGUUCAAGAAGAUCUACGCCAACUUCUUCCCCUAUGGAGACGCAUCCAAGUUUGCCGAGCACGUAUUCCGCACAUUCGACACCAACGGAGACACCACCAUAGACUUCAGGGAGUUCAUCAUCGCCUUGAGUGUCACUUCUCGAGGAGGACUGGAGCAAAAGCUACGCUGGGCCUUUAGUAUGUACGACCUGGACGGCAAUGGAUACAUCAGCCGAGCCGAGAUGCUGGAGAUCGUACAGGCCAUUUACAAGAUGGUGUCUUCGGUGAUGAAGAUGCCGGAGGACGAGUCGACUCCAGAGAAACGCACAGACAAGAUCUUCAGACAGAUGGACAUUGACAAUGACGGUCGUCUGUCACUGGAGGAGUUCAUAAAAGGUGCCAAAAGUGACCCGUCCAUCGUGCGCCUGCUGCAGUCAGAUCAGAGCACGUCUGCACAGCUGUGA